CUCUAUGCUAUUUAACGAGCCUCACUCUCACUCUGUAACUCUACAUUCUCUCUCUACUUCACUCACUUUCUCUCUCUUAAAUCCAUCCUCUCUGCCGCCGUUGACAGAGAGUUUAGGGUUUGGAUUCCUAGUUCUCUGUCUCAUUUCUCUCUGCAUCCGAGAUGUCUGGGGAAGAUAACAAUGGGGCUUCAGACGCCCUGCCGCCACCUCCCCCUGUUCCUCCUGAUUUUACUCCUUCAAAGGUUGAAGCAGAGCCAGUAAAAAAGAAAUCUAAUCGUCUACCCAUGGCUAGGCGGAACCUUGGAACUAAGGGGCAAAGGGUCCCUAUCCUUACCAAUCACUUUAAAGUGAAUGUGGCUAAAGUUGAUGGACACUUCUUUCACUACAGUGUUGCUCUUUUUUAUGAAGAUGGUCGUCCAGUGGAUGGCAAAGGCAUUGGUAGGAAAGUACUAGAUAGAGUGCAUGAAACAUAUGAUACAGAAUUAGCAGGAAAAGAUUUUGCAUAUGAUGGUGAGAAGAGCUUGUUCACUAUUGGUGCCCUUCCAAGAAACAAACUAGAAUUUACCAUUGUACUUGAAGAUGUUACAUCAAAUAGGAACAAUGGUAACUGCAGUCCUGGAAGUCCCAAUGAGAGUGACAAGAAAAGGAUAAGGCGCCCUUACCACUCAAAAACUUAUAAGGUGGAGAUAAGCUUUGCUGCUAAGAUUCCUAUGCAGGCAAUUGCAAAUGCUUUGCGUGGUCAAGAGUCAGAGAACUCUCAAGAAGCCUUGAGAGUUUUGGAUAUCAUCCUGAGACAGCAUGCAGCCAAGCAGGGGUGCCUGCUUGUUCGCCAGUCCUUUUUCCAUAACGACCCAAAGAAUUUUGCUGAUGUUGGAGGUGGUGUUCUUGGCUGCCGAGGGUUUCAUUCAAGCUUUAGGACUGCUCAGGAUGGCUUGUCGCUAAACAUUGAUGUAUCCACUACAAUGAUUAUUCAGCCUGGUCCUGUGGUAGAUUUUUUAAUUGCUAAUCAAAAUGCAAAGGACCCCUUUAGCCUUGAUUGGGCCAAGGCUAAGCGAAUGCUGAAAAAUUUGAGAGUGAAGACAAGUCCGACAAAUCAGGAGUAUAAGAUAACUGGAUUGAGUGAGAAGAGCUGCAGGGAGCAGUUGUUUACCUUGAAGCAAAAGGGCAAGGAUAAUGAUGGAGAAGUUCAGACUGUUGAAGUGACUGUUUAUGAUUACUUUGUCAAUCACCGAAACAUAGACUUGCGUUAUUCUGCUGAGCUACCAUGCAUCAAUGUUGGAAAGCCAAAACGCCCAACAUACUUCCCUAUCGAGCUGUGCUCUUUGGUGUCCUUGCAACGGUACACAAAAGCUCUGUCUACCUUUCAAAGGGCUUCCCUUGUGGAGAAAUCUAGACAGAAGCCUCAAGAGAGGAUGCAAGUUUUAAGCAAUGCACUGAAAAUCAAUAACUAUGAUGCUGAGCCACUACUUCGUUCAUGCGGCAUAUCUAUCAGCAGUAACUUCACUCAGGUUGAGGGGCGCAUUCUUCCUGCCCCUAAGUUGAAAGUUGGAAAUGGAGAAGAUUUCUUCCCUAGAAAUGGGAGAUGGAACUUUAAUAACAAGAGACUUGUUGAUCCCUCUAAGAUUGAACGUUGGGCUGUUGUUAAUUUCUCUGCACGAUGUGACAUACGCGGUCUUGUCAGAGAUUUGAUUAAGUGUGGAGAAAUGAAAGGAAUUACUGUGGAAGCCCCUUUUGAUGUGUUUGAGGAAAGUCCACAAUUCAGAAGGGCUCCACCUCUUGUCAGAGUAGACAAAAUGUUUGAAGAGGUCCAAUCCAAGCUUCCAGGGGCACCAAAGUUUCUCCUUUGUCUCCUUCCUGAAAGAAAGAAUUGUGACAUAUAUGGGCCUUGGAAACGAAAGAAUCUUGCUGAAUAUGGUAUAGUGACUCAAUGCAUGGCACCUACCAGAGUAAAUGAUCAAUACAUAACUAAUUGUCUUCUCAAGAUUAAUGCCAAGCUUGGUGGAUUAAAUUCAAUGUUGACUGUGGAGCAUUCUCCUUCACUUCCUAUGGUGUCGAAAGCUCCUACAAUUAUUCUUGGGAUGGAUGUGUCACAUGGCUCUCCUGGUCAGACUGAUGUCCCCUCAAUUGCAGCGGUUGUUAGCUCAAGGCAGUGGCCCUCGAUUUCUCGUUAUAGAGCAUCAGUGCGUACUCAGUCUGCAAAGGUUGAAAUGAUUGAUAACUUGUUUAAACGUGUCUCUGACACUGAGGAUGAAGGAAUUAUGAGGGAGCUUUUGCUGGAUUUUUAUGUUAGUUCUGGAAAAAGGAAGCCUGAUCAAAUCAUAAUCUUCAGGGAUGGUGUCAGUGAAUCCCAAUUCAAUCAAGUACUGAAUAUUGAGCUUGAUCAGAUCAUUGAGGCCUGCAAAUUUCUUGACGAGAAAUGGUCACCCAAGUUUGUGGUUAUUAUUGCUCAGAAGAAUCAUCAUACUAAGUUCUUUCAGCCUGGGUCUCCUGAUAAUGUUCCACCAGGGACAAUCAUAGACAAUAAAGUUUGCCAUCCUAGGAACAAUGACUUCUACUUGUGUGCCCAUGCAGGAAUGAUUGGGACUACAAGACCAACUCAUUACCAUGUUCUUCUGGAUGAGGUUGGGUUUUCUGCAGAUGAGCUACAAGAACUUGUGCACAGCUUAUCCUAUGUGUACCAAAGAAGCACCACUGCCAUCUCAGUUGUUGCCCCAAUAUGCUAUGCUCAUUUGGCUGCGACUCAAUUGGGACAAUGGAUGAAAUUUGAGGGCUCUUCUGACACAUCUUCAAACCCUGGUGGUGGAGGUAGCAAGAAUGGUGGUCCAGCUCCUGUUCCGCAGUUGCCUAAGCUGGAGGAGAAAGUGUCCAGUUCAAUGUUCUUCUGUUAAGAAGGCUGCCUGCUUACUGGAUUGUAAAUAUAGUUUCGAGUAUGGUUAUUAUGCGGUUGACCAGACCAGACCAGACAAUGUUUAAGACUGUUUUAGGUUGUAAUGCUCUUAAACUUUUUAUGGUUGUCCCUCCCCUCCCAUGCAAAUCUUUUGGAAGACUAAUUUGUUGUAUGGAUAGGGGAGGGGGAGUAUGUGACUCCACUUGACUUGCUGUCGGAGUGUGGUUUAUUUUAAGGACAUGGUUCUACCUAAUCCGAGUAUCUUAUGCUUGCUUCUCUUC